CUUAGCCAUUAAAACUCGCACCAAACUCGACUUGUCCCCAGCAAAUACUCAUAAAAACCCAUUUCUUCUCCCAACUCCCACUAUUAUAUGACUUACCACUUGUCCAUUUUCAAGAAAUCUAGGAGAUUUGGGUAAGCUAUACUGAUAUACAGCACUAAUAUUAAUGGCAUUCACAUACACACCUUGGCUCCUUGCAAUUACUGAGUUUCUGAUUCUAGUUUCUAUAACCAAAAGUGAAGUUCCUGCAAUCAUAGUUUUCGGAGACUCGUCGGUGGAUGCAGGCAACAACAACGUCAUUGCCACCGUUCUCAAGAGCAAUUUCAGGCCUUAUGGUCGUGAUUUUGCUGGUGGACGCCCCACCGGAAGGUUUUGCAAUGGCCGCAUUCCUCCCGACUUCAUUUCCGAGGCUUUUGGGCUCAAAUCAACUGUGCCUGCCUACUUGGAUCCUGCCUACAAUAUAGCAGAUUUUGCCACAGGUGUUUGCUUUGCUUCUGCUGGAACAGGCUAUGACAAUGCAACUUCUGCUGUAUUAAAUGUGAUACCAAUGUGGAAGGAGUUGGAGUACUACAAGGAUUACCAAAACAAACUGAGAGCUCACCUUGGAAACGAGAAGGCGAACGAAGUUUUGAGGGAGGCUUUAUAUUUGGUAAGCUUAGGAACAAACGACUUCCUGGAGAACUACUACACAUUCCCUACCCGGCGAGCUCAAUUCACUGUCCAACAGUACGAAGAUUUUCUCGUAAGCCUUUCUAGAAAUUUCCUUGGGGAAUUGUAUGGCCUUGGAGCUCGGAAAAUAUCCCUUACUGGGGUUCCUCCAAUGGGGUGUUUGCCACUGGAGAGAACCACAAAUAUUUUGGGUCACCAUGGUUGCAUCGAGAAAUACAACAGUGUGGCUCUGGAAUUCAAUGGCAAGUUGAAGACUAUGGCUAGUAGGCUGAAUGAGGAGCUUCGUGGGCUCAGAAUAGAGAUCGGAGAUGCAUAUAACAUUUUCAAUCAAAUCAUUAGAAGGCCUUCUUUAUAUGGAUUUGAGGUAGUAGAAAGGGCAUGUUGUUCGACGGGCACGUUUGAGAUGAGUUACCUCUGCAGCGACCACAGUCCAUUUACAUGCACGGAUGCCGAUAAGUACGUAUUUUGGGACAGCUUCCACCCUACAGAGAAAACAAAUCACAUAAUCUCAAACCAUUUGAUUGGUCAUCUUCUGGAAAAGUUUCGUUGAUUUUAAUUAAUUAAUUUCAUAUAUA